AGAGCUCGGCUCUUGAGCAGACAUCAUCUUCCUCAGCUCAGCCACACGCCCCAAAAAAUUCUGUGUCAAAAGCACAAGUGCAGCAACAAUGGAUCUGGGUGGUUUAGACUUGAGGGGCUGACAGAGUUAAAAAUUGCUUAUGCACCCAUGAACAAAAGGAGCUCAGACUCACACAAACACUCCUCCAUUAUCCCAAAGACAGAGGGUGAUUUUCUUUUUGCUAUUGAUUGUGGUGGUGGUGUCGGUGGUGGAGAGGCAGGGGCUACUUGUAAUGGGUUGGACAGGGUUAGUGGGGAAGAUAAAGACAUGGAAACUGUUGUUGCAUCCACUUGUGAGUUAUCCAGAGAGGAAAGGACAUUGGGUGAAGGCAGUGCCAGCAUCACACACCUUGAGAAGGGAGCUGGAUCAGAGGUGUGA